CCAGCGGGCUUUUUCUAACAACGCUUUAAGGAGCGAUAGAGUUAGUGGACUAGGAGCGACAGGAAACGGCAUCGCAGAAGGCUCGUCCGUAUCGAUCACUGGUAGGAAUGUUGUGCUACCCACGAAUACGACGACAAGCCGUGACGCAUCGUCCUUUGACUCCUUCGGACGAGUGACCGGGUCCGGGUCUCGUGGCUCUUCGGGCGCGUGUUGGGCCCGUCGUCAUGGACGCUUUCCUUCUUCGACAGACGCAAGCAGCGAGGCCCGCACAGAAUCGCCUCGCAGUGUAUCGCAACCUCUUCAAUUUAUGGUUUGUGAUUUCAUAUGUAUUCAGUCAGGUCCUCGUCCUUGAGGAUAUCCAACGGUGGCUACUUGAGGUUCCACGUGAAGGGUAGCAUCCAACAGUGGCUACUUGAGGUUCCACUUGAACGAUACUGCUGCGCAUGGUAAGUACCAUCCUAUGCGCACUGAAGCGCCAGUUCUAAAAUUCUGUCAAACAGUGAGAAUUACGACGGGAUACUGGGAAUGUCACCUUGUGUGGCCUCCGUCCCACCAUUGUCGUUCCGACAUGCAGCGCAGAGAUCUUUUUUACCGUCGAACACCACGUCGAGAGCUGGAGAGCAGGCUGGUUCGAAUACGCAACAGCUUUUUAU